UCUGGCGCUGAGUCGACGGAAAAGCCGGAGUGUGGUAUUUUUAUGUGACUAGUUGUACCAACUUAGACAGCUCUUUUAAAAUAUGUUUUGCAAAAAGAACCUGUUUUGACAAGUGUAAUAGCUGUCUUAUAGCCAUGUAGCUAGUUAGCUACAAAUACAGCUACUGUUGUGGACGAAGAGGUUCUGGUUUCAGUCACUUGUCUUAACCCUCUGGCUAUUAUCAAUGACAACUUGGUUAGCAAGCCAACGUUAGUCAAAGAAAAUCCGGUUUCCACAACCGAUAAUUCGAGAGUGGAGCCACAUAAUGGCAUACUGCGACAAGACAGGUGAUCAUCCCCCAGCUUCUCUAAACAAUGAGGACAGUCGUAAUGGACAUGACCCGGCGACAGAUAAGCACCCGACUCCACACUCCAAAGGAAAUGCGAACGAUUGCUGUUCCACUGAAGAAGCCCGAACAGUGUCUGUCCCUCAUGGGUUGUGUGUAAAGAAGAAAAAGCUUGUCCUUCACGUUGACCUCAAUAACACCAUCUUGGUGUCUGAUGCUGUGACAAGUCAAGGAACUAUUGCAGCGUUGGAUUACUUUAUUUCCACAGUGACAUGGGGACAAAUGAGUAAACAAGGUAAGUGGAUGUGGAUGAGUGACUCACCUUCCCUACUUCCACCAUGUGAGGGUGCUGUCAGCUACUACUCCCAGUUUGGCCGGGUGGCAGGUUUCACCAGCUCCACUGCAGGUCAGCGGUUCCGGUGCGUGCUGGAUGAGCACCUGGCGAUGCUGCGAUGGCCGAAGGAGCUGAAGGGGGACAAGGAGCUGGCUGUGAAGGGGGAGGAUGGGCAGCUGUACCACUGGAUCUUGCCCUCCUUCUUCCAGCUCCUGAAAGACCUGGUGGCGGAGGGGAGGGACUUUGCUAUCCUGUUCCGCACUUUUGGCUCUGACCUUCCCCGCGUGCUGUCUGCAGUGUCCCGUGCCCUCACUCAGGGCUCCCACCCACUCUUCCCUGACCUUCCAGCACUUAAGCUGAGUGUGAAUGAGACGCCAGGCCAGAUCCGCUGCAGUAAGAAGGGGGCGGUCCUGACCCGGGCAGAGGAGCGUCUGUCGACCCGUGACGGGGAGCGAGCCCUGUACCAGUACCUCAGCUCUGUCCAGUGCCUGGGGGGCUUCCAGGACCAUUUUGACUGGUGGGCCAGGAACACCUACUCCAUCCUGGGAGGGAAACCUCUGUGGGUGGACCCCUUCGACCAGGAUGUCCAGCACAUCUUCAUCGAUGACAACAUUCGACAGAAUGACAAAGACACCAUUGUCCACCCAAAGGUGUUUCUAGACCGAGAUGGCUCAGAGACCCGCACAGCCUCCACCUCAGAGCUGUAUGACCUCUGUCUGGUCCAGAACGACCUGCUCAAGGCCAUCUCAGACCCAGAGUACUUCACCCAGCGCAUCAGCAUCUGCCAGGAGAACUAUGACAGGAACCUUCAGCAGGGGGCAGGCUAGAGUGGUUUGUCUGUAGCCUAGAGGUCCAGGGUGAGAAGGGGUUGGGACAACUCAGGUCUGUAGCCCAGAGGUCCAGGGUGAGAAGGGGUUGGGACAACUCAGGUCUGUAGCCUAGAGGUCCAGGGUGAGAAGGGGUUGGGACAACUCAGGUCUGUAGCCUAGAGGUCCAGGGUGAGAAGGUGUUGGGACAACUCAGGUCUGUAGCCCAGAGGUCCAGGGUGAGAAGGGGUUGGGACAACUCAGGUCUGUAGCCUAGAGGUCCAGGGUGAGAAGGGGUUGGGACAACUCAGGUCUGUAGCCUAGAGGUCCAGGGUGAGAAGGUGUUGGGACAACUCAGGUCUGUAGACUGGAGGUGGAAGGUCAAAGGGAGCUCCUGCAGUUGCUCCAACUCGUCCUCUAAGGUCAAUAUUCUCAGGGUGUGUGACACUGGCAACCAAUAUAUUGCAUAUGUAGAAGGCAUUAUUUUGCUGCUGUUUUUAAAUUAUAAUAAAUAUUUAAACAAAAAAAUGGUAAUCGAUAAAAAGGCAUUGUUUAUGUAUACCAAAAUGUGUUCAGAAAAGACUUGAAUGGUCAUACUUGAAUGUUUCUAAUAUUACAAAGAGAGAGAGCUGCGUGGUUGAGCAGUAAGACUUAACUGUUACAACUUAAAUCAUACUCUAGUCUACAGACAAGUUACUUUAAUAUUAACCACAAUUAGUAUUACUGUUUGACUAUUUAUCAUGGCAAAACAAUGGAUGAGUUUGACCUAAUAUAAUUUGGGUUUAUGUGGUUUGGAGUUUAUUUGCACUGAAAAUUACUUUUCUUUCUUUGAAGCGCUCUCAUGUGGAUAAAAAGUAUAUAUCCAGGGAAUGUGUGUCACGCUUUCUCUUGAAGGUUUGUCAUAGUGGUGGAUGAGGUGAGUGGCCCCGUUACAAUGUAAAGCUCUUUGGGUGUCUAGAAAAGCUCUAUUCACCGACUGUACAAAACACUAAGGACACCUUCCCUCGGGGCAUGGACUCUACAAGGUGUCAGAAGUGUUCCACAGGGAUGCUGGCCCAUGUGAACGCCAACGCUUCACAUUUUCUGGAUGUCCUUUGGGUGGUGGACCAUUCUUGAUACUCACGAGAAACUGUUGAUCUUGGAAAAACCCAGCAGCGUUGCAGUUCUUGACCCAAAUGGUGCGCCUGGCAUCUAAUACCAUACCCCGU